GAGGCAGAAAGUGCCACGACUCCACACGCGCGCACGCAGCCAGCGAGCGGCCGGGGCGGACGGCGGACGGGGCGGGCGGCGUCAGGGUCGCGGCGUCUACAGCUGCUCGGGGGCGGUUUCUUGGUGGAGGCUCGGCCGGCUCCUCUCUCCCGGCUCCGCGGCGGCAGCGGCGAAGGCGGCGGCUCCUGCCCUCUGGCUCUCCCUCUCGUGUCUUUGGCUGCAGAAAGAAGCUUCCGGUUCUGAGGUCCUGGAGGUGCCAUUUCCCUCUCUGUUGAAGCAAAGGCGGGGGCAGACCUCCUAGUGAAAGGAAAGCAAGCCAGGAUGGAUAUUUACGACACUCAAACCUUGGGAGUUGUGGUCUUUGGAGGAUUCAUGGUCGUUUCUGCCAUUGGCAUCUUCCUGGUGUCGACUUUCUCCAUGAAGGAAACGUCAUAUGAAGAAGCCCUAGCCAACCAGCGCAAGGAGAUGGCGAAAACUCACCACCAGAAAGUAGAGAAGAAAAAGAAGGAGAAAACAGUGGAGAAGAAAGGAAAGACCAAGAAAAAGGAAGAGAAGCCUAAUGGGAAGAUACCUGAUCACGAUCCGGCUCCCAAUGUGACUGUCCUCCUCCGAGAACCAGUGCGGGCUCCUGCUGUGGCUGUGGCUCCAACCCCAGUCCAGCCCCCCAUUAUCAUUGCUCCUGUGGUCACAGUUCCAGUCACGCCCCAGGAGAAGCUGGCCUCCUCUCCCAAGGACAAAAAGAAGAAGGAGAAAAAAGUGGCAAAAGUGGAACCAGCUGUCAGCUCUGUAGUGAAUUCCAUCCAGGUUCUCACUUCGAAGGCUGCCAUCUUAGAAACUGCUCCCAAGGAGGUGCCAAUGGUGGUGGUGCCCCCAGUGGGUGCCAAGGGCAACACACCAGCCACUGGCACUGCUCAGGGCAAAAAGGCAGAGGGGGCUCAGAACCAAAGCAGAAAGACAGAAGGAGCCCCAAAUCAGGGCAGAAAGGCAGAGGGAACCCCAAACCAGGGCAAAAAGACAGAGGGAACCCCAAACCAAGGGAAGAAGGCAGAGGGAACCCCAAACCAAGGGAAGAAGGCAGAGGGAACCCCAAACCAAGGCAAAAAGGCAGAAGGAACUCCAAACCAAGGCAAAAAGGUGGAGGGGGCCCAGAACCAGGGUAAAAAGGUAGAUACAACCCCAAACCAGGGGAAAAAGGCAGAGGGGGCCCCAACCCAGGGCAAAAAGGCAGAGGGGGCUCAGAACCAGGCCAGAAAGGUAGAAGGGGCCCAGAACCAGGGCAAAAAGGCUGAGGGGGCCCAGAACCAGGGCAGAAAGGCAGAGGGGGCCCAGAACCAGGGCAGAAAGGCAGAGGGGGCCCAGAAUCAGGGCAAAAAGGGAGAGGGGGCCCAGAACCAGGGCAAGAAGGCUGAGGGGGCCCAGAACCAGGGCAAAAAGGCAGAGGGGGCCCAGAACCAGGGCAAGAAGGUAGAGGGGGCCCAGAACCAGGGCAAAAAGGCAGAGGGGGCCCAGAGUCAGGGCAAGAAGGCUGAGGGGGCCCAGAGUCAGGGCAAGAAGGCUGAGGGGGCCCAGAGUCAGGGCAAAAAAGCAGAGGGGGCUCAGAACCAGGGCAAAAAGACCGAGGGGGCCCAGAACCAGGGUAAAAAGACCGAGGGGGCCCAGAACCAGGGUAAAAAGACCGAGGGGGCCCAGAACCAGGGCAAGAAGGCCGAGGGGGCUCAGAACCAGGUCAAAAAGGCUGAGGGAGCCCAGAACCAGGGCAAGAAGGCUGAAGGUGUUCAGAACCAGGGCAAAAAGGCCGAGGGGGCCCAGAACCAGGGCAAGAAGGCUGAAGGUGUUCAGAACCAGGGCAAAAAGGCUGAGGGAGCCCAGAACCAGGGCAAGAAGGCUGAAGGUGUUCAGAACCAGGGCAAAAAGGCCGAGGGGGCCCAGAACCAGGGCCAAAAAGGAGAGGGAGCCCAGAAUCAGAGUAAAAAGACAGAAGGGGCUCAGGGCAAAAAGGCAGAAGGGAGUCCCAACCAAGGCAAAAAAGGAGACGGAGCUCCCAACCAGGGCAAAAAGGCAGAUUCGGUUGCUAAUCAGGGCACAAAGGUAGAGGGUGUUACAAACCAGGGGAAAAAAACAGAAGGGUCCCCCAGUCAAGGCAAAAAGGCAGAUGCAGCUUCCAAUCAGGGGAAAAAGACAGAGUCGGCUUCUGUCCAGGGCAGAAAUACAGACGUGGCCCAGAGCCCAGAGGCACCGAAACAAGAGGCUCCUGCCAAGAAGAAGUCUGGUUCAAAGAAAAAAGGUGAGCCUGGGCCCCCAGAUGCCGAUGGCCCUCUCUACCUCCCCUACAAGACGCUGGUCUCCACGGUUGGGAGCAUGGUGUUCAACGAGGGCGAGGCCCAGCGGCUCAUCGAGAUCCUGUCUGAGAAGGCUGGCAUCAUUCAGGACACCUGGCACAAGGCCACUCAGAAGGGUGACCCUGUGGCGAUUCUGAAACGCCAGCUGGAAGAGAAGGAAAAACUGCUGGCCACAGAGCAGGAAGACGCGGCUGUCGCCAAGAGCAAACUGAGGGAGCUCAACAAGGAGAUGGCAGCGGAAAAGGCCAAAGCAGCAGCCGGGGAGGCCAAAGUGAAAAAGCAGCUGGUGGCCCGGGAGCAGGAGAUCACGGCCGUGCAGGCACGCAUGCAGGCCAGCUACCGGGAGCACGUGAAGGAGGUGCAGCAGCUACAGGGCAAGAUCCGGACUCUUCAGGAGCAGCUGGAGAAUGGCCCCAACACGCAGCUGGCCCGCCUGCAGCAGGAGAACUCCAUCCUGCGGGAUGCCUUGAACCAGGCCACGAGCCAGGUGGAGAGCAAGCAGAACGCAGAGCUGGCCAAGCUCCGGCAGGAACUCAGCAAGGUCAGCAAAGAACUGGUGGAGAAGUCGGAGGCUGCGCGGCAAGAUGAGCAGCAGCGAAAAGCUCUGGAAGCCAAGGCAGCUGCCUUCGAGAAGCAGGUCCUGCAGCUGCAGGCGUCCCACAGGGAGAGUGAGGAGGCCCUGCAGAAGCGUCUGGAUGAGGUCAGCCGGGAGCUGUGCCGCGCGCAGAGCAGCCACGCCAGCCUCCGGGCGGACGCAGAGAAGGCCCAGGAGCAACAGCAGCAGAUGGCCGAGCUGCACAGCAAGUUACAGUCCUCCGAGGCGGAGGUGCGCAGCAAAUGCGAGGAACUGAGUGGUCUCCACGGGCAGCUCCAGGAGGCCAGGGCGGAGAACUCCCAGCUCACAGAGAGAAUCCGUUCCAUUGAGGCCCUGCUGGAGGCAGGCCAGGCACAGGACGCCCAGGAUGCCCAGGCCAGCCGGGCGGAGGCUGACCAGCAGCAGACUCGCCUCAAGGAGCUGGAGUCCCAGGUGUCGGGUCUGGAGAAGGAGGCCAUCGAGCUCAGGGAGGCCGUUGAGCAGCAGAAAGUGAAGAACAAUGACCUCCGGGAGAAGAACUGGAAGGCCAUGGAGGCGCUGGCCACGGCCGAGCAGGCCUGCAAGGAGAAGCUGCACUCCCUGACCCAGGCCAAGGAGGAAUCGGAGAAGCAGCUCCGCCUGAUUGAGGCACAGACCAUGGAGGCCCUGCUGACUCUGCUCCCAGAACUCUCUGUCUUGGCGCAACAGGAUUACACUGAGUGGCUGCAGGAUCUCAAAGAGAAAGGCCCCACACUGCUGAAGCACCCGCCAGCUCCCGCAGAGCCCUCCUCGGACCUGGCCUCCAAGUUGAGCGAGGCCGAGGAGGCGCAGAGCACGCUGCAGGCCGAGUGUGACCAGUACCGCAGCAUCCUGGCGGAGACGGAGGGCAUGCUGAGAGACCUGCAGAAGAGCGUGGAGGAGGAGGAGCAAGUGUGGAGGGCCAAGGUGGGCGCCGCGGAGGAGGAGCUCCAGAAGUCACGGGUCACAGUGAAGCAUCUCGAAGAGACUGUAGAGAAGCUAAAAGGAGAACUUGAAAGUUCAGACCAGGUGAGGGAGCACACGUCACAUUUGGAGGCAGAGCUGGAAAAGCACAUGGCAGCUGCCAGCGCCGAGUGCCAGAACUACGCCAAGGAGGUGGCAGGGCUGAGGCAACUUCUCCUAGAAUCUCAAUCUCAGCUCGAUGCAGCCAAGAGCGAAGCCCAGAAACAGAGUGAUGAGCUUGCCCUGGUCAGGCAGCAGUUGAGUGAAAUGAAGAGCCACGUAGAGGAUGGUGACAUAGCUGGGGCCCCAGCUUCCUCCCCAGAGGCCCCCCCAGCCCAGCAGGACCCUGCUCAGCUGAAGACGCAACUGGAGCGGACAGAAGCCAUCCUGGAGGAUGAGCAGACGCAGCGGCAGAAGCUCACGGCCGAGUUUGAGGAGGCUCAGACCUCAGCGUGUCGGUUACAAGAAGAGUUGGAGAAGCUCCGCACAGCCGGCCCCCUAGAGUCUUCAGAAACAGAGGAGGCCUCACAGCUGAAGGAGAGACUAGAAAAAGAGAAGAAGUUAACAAGUGACCUGGGACGUGCCGCCACCAAACUGCAGGAGCUUCUGAAGACGACCCAGGAGCAGCUGGCAAGGGAGAAGGACACCGUGAAGAAGCUGCAGGAACAGCUGGAAAAGACAGAGGACGGCAGCAGCUCAAAGGAGGGCACCUCUGUCUGAGUCUCCUCUGUGGAAAAAGAAGUUACUGUUCAACUUACCAAAAUGCCUUACACAUUCCUUACAAAUACACCGACCAACCUACACAGCGUUAUCCAGGCCCAACUUCCGGUAGCUCCGAGAGAAGCCAUGAGAGACGAGUCUCUUAGAGCCACAGAAGUAGACCUUCCAGAGCCCCAGUUUGUAAACGAACCUGUGUCACAUUUGAUAAACACUAUCCUGGGCGCAGCCCUGGGCCACCACCGAGGGACGCCAAAGUCCUGGUUGGCUCUGACAGCCCUGUGGGUAUGUGGGAGGCCGGGUACUCGGGGGUCUGUCUGUCAGUGCAAUCGUUUCGUGUUUUUUCAGCAGGGCGGGACGGGAAGCGGGUGGGACCGGGCAGCCAGUUCUCGAAGGCUGAGGGGCCGACUAGAAGCCACAGCCCCUUACCCCUAGACAUUGCCAACGAGAACUGACGUGCGACCUCCUGGGUGUUGAUGGCAUUAAAACCAACGUUGGUGCCCGGUG